AUAUCGGUCGCGCGGGGAUCGUUUCGAUCUAGAUUACUCCGAACGACAGCGGGCGGUCCAGCUCUACGCAGUUUCGCUCUGACCGCUCGGAAAACAACGAUCACGUUGUUCCUUCGGCGAUGUACAAAUAAACAAGCCGGCCCGAUUGCUUUCCACUCGCUUCCUACAUCAACCUGUUCGCCCGUGGCUCGACCUGUUCGAGGGAUUCAAUCGUCGUUGUUUCUCGACGUUUCUUUCGCUCGUCCUCGCUCGAUCAGUCUUUUCAAUCGGCGUUUGGACGAAGAUACCCCGCGUUCAUCUGAUAGUUCCAGUGGUAACAAUGUAAUGAUUGGAUUAGCAGUUGAUUAACGGAUGAUAUGAGCCACAAAAAGGUUCCUUUGAGGUCCGCGCUCUCGUUCUGCACAGCCGAAGGUAUUCUCGACAUGGACCAGAUCCUGAGCAUCGAUCCGUGGAGCCAGAUCGACGACUUCGUGCAACGUAACUUCAUCCAAGAUGUGCUGGACGAGUUUAAAGAACGCGUGACGCUCGAGCCGAGUCACGCGCCCAAAGACAGCGAGAGAACGCCAAAACAUUUCCGGAAGACGGAUCGCAGAUCGCCCAAUCAGCAAUCGAGUCAAAAAAAGGCGACGGUGUCCAGUGAUUCAGGGGCGAAAAAUAAAGCAAUGAAAUCGGCGAGCGAGAAGAAAAAGGAAAAGAAGCAAAAUGAAAAUUCGGAGAAGAGAGAAAAGAUGAAGGCCGAUGAUUCGAAGAAAUCGUCGAGAUGUCGGAAAAGUCUUGGCGACGCCUGCAACGUCAAAUCGAGGGCGAGUUUGUCCGCGAAACGGUCGAAAAACGAUGCUAAGGUUCGCAAAACGAGAAACGGGUGCUCGACGGAAGACAAGAGGCCGGAAAAUAUUGACGAAUCGAAUGAAACAACGGGGCAGACGUCGCUGGACUUCGACAGUCGCUUCUUGUGCGAAAUGAGCACUCCUAAACGAGAAUCUUCGCGAAUCAGCGACCUCGCGAAGCCGGAGGAACUCGUUGGGACACUCGACACGUCGAAAGAGAACGAAAAUUGCGGCGCGGCGAUUGAUAAUCGGAACGCGUCGAAAGUUCUCGGGAAAACAGCGUUGAACCGCGACGAAGUCGGAGGCGAGGCGAAAGGACAGAAAGAGGAUUCCAAAUGCUUGGGAGAGAAGGAGAAAAAACAAGAAGAGAAGAAAGAGAAAUCGAGACGUUCGAAGGACUUCUCUUUCAAACAAGAAGAGAAGAAAGAGAAAUCGAGACGUUCAAAGGACUUCUCCUUCAAACAAGAAGAGAAGAAAGAUUCGAAGUGUUCGAAGAAAAAGGGGAACCACGACGAGAAGCAAGAAAAUUCGAGAUGUUCGAAGCAGGAGGAACACAAUGCGAAGAAGGAAAAGCCGAAGUCCUGGAAAGAGGAGACGAAACGCGAAGAGAAGGCGACAGAGAAAACGGAGAAAAUCAAAAAGGAAGGAAAGUUGCAGCCGAAAGCGGGGUGCAAGGAGCCGAAACCCGCGGGACGGAAAGAUAAAUCCGCGCCGAUCAGAGACGAGAAGAGGAAGGUCGGGAAAUUUGAAAGACGGCUGAUCGACGAAAAGAACAGGCGCGACGAGAGGAAAAUACGCCGGCACGAGAGGAAGGCGAACCGAGCCAUGGAGGAGUUCACUAGACAAGUAACGAAGGUCGCGAAAAUAAUGGGUCAUUUGCCAGACGUUGAUUCGAGCUGCAGCAGCGAUGAAACUGAUAGUUACUCGGACAGCUCGUGUUCCUGCAGUAGCUGCUAUUACUCCUCUAAUGACUAUUCCUGUUCCUGUUCGGACAGCUACUGUAGCUGCAGCUUUUCUGAUGAUUCCUACGGAUACUCGGAAUACACGCUGGCUUCCUCCUCGGACUGCGAUUAAUCGAGCUGGAGAACUUCAAUCGGAUGGGACAUAUUUUUAUAUUGUACCCGAGAGGAGAAAUUCGUCACUCGUAAUCAAAUGAAUUUUCGUAUGAUUGUUCUGUGUGUUUAUUUAGUGAUUUGAACUUUUAUAUUUAACUAUGGUAUUUUAAUCCUCUAGACCUCGAUAAAGGUGAUAAAAGUUCAAGGAGAUUUUUAUGUGCUUUGAGGUAAAUUGAACUCUUAUUGAAAUGAAAAUAUUCUUAUAAAGAUCUGCGAUCUACUUAUGUUAUGUAUGAAUUGCAGAAACUAUGAAUAAAUUAUUUUUUAC